AUGAGCCACGAAGGUAUAGAGACAGAUCUGAGGGAUGGAGAGAAGGUGGGAGUUAAUAAAGGGAGAUGGUCAUCAUUAGAGCAUUUUAAAUUUCUUGAAGGGAUUAAAAUGUUUGGAAAAGAUUGGAAGAAGUUGAAUUUGCAUAUAAAAACUAGAACUAGUGUCCAAAUAAGAUCUCAUGCCCAGAAGUUCUUUUCAAAACUUAGUAAAGAAAUUAAAACAUUAGAACAAUUUCAAGAAGACACUGAUCUUGAAGAAUUAAAGAAGAACUUACUCCAAUCAGAAAUUCCUCAACCCAAAUCUAUCACUGCUGAAUCCACAAACCAUACUUCAAAUAAAGUUCCUGUUCAUCAAUCAAUACCCAAAGAUUCUCCUCAAACUGAAGUUCCCAUUAAAAUUCCAGUCCAAAUCGAUCCAGAAGUCAACAAAGUAGCAAGUAUUCCUAAUCCUCCCUUUCCGCGAAGAGCUAGAGAAAAAGAAGAACGUAAAGAAACAGAUGAUGGAGAAAAGUCAUCUAAAGUCUCAAAAUCCUCGUCAAAAGGUAUAAUUAGUAAUCAGAGAUUUAGGGCCAGAUAUUGUCACCUUGGUAGUAUUAGGUAUCGGAAUUGCAUCAAUCGGAAUAGUGCUGUAUAAAACACUUAAGG